AUGGAGGAGAUCAGCAGAAGGAACGCGUACAAAUUCGUCGCCUACUCGGCUGUCACCUUCUCGGUUGUCGCCGUGUUCUCGCUAUGCAUCACUCUUCCGAUGGUCUACAACUAUGUGCACAAUGUGAAGACUCAGAUCAACCAUGAGAUCGCCUUCUGCAAGCAUUCAGCCAGGGACAUCUACUCGGAAGUCAACCACAUCCGAGCCAAUCCCAACAACUCGACGAGACAGAAGAGACAGUAUGAUGAUUUCGGAGCAAAUGAUGCUGCUGGAGGCUUCGGAGGAAAUGGAGGAAACGGAGGAAGCUUCGGAAGAAAUGGAGGAAGCUUCGGAGGAAAUGGAGGAAGCUUCGGAGGAAAUGGAGGAAACGGAGGAAGCUUCGGAGGAAAUGGAGGAAGCUUCGGUGGCAACGGAGGAGGUGGUGGUGCUGGAGGACAGUGCUCUGGAUGCUGCCAGCCAGGACCGGCUGGACCAGCUGGAGCCCCAGGAAAGCCGGGACGCCCAGGACGUCCAGGAGCCGCCGGACUUCCAGGAAACCCAGGAAGACCACCAGCGUCGCCAUGCGAGCAAAUCACUCCACCACCAUGCCGCCCAUGCCCACAAGGACCACCUGGACCACCAGGACCACCGGGACCAGCUGGAGAUGCCGGAGCACCAGGACAGCCAGGAUACGGAUCGGGAUCUGGAGCGCCGGGACCAGCCGGACCAAAGGGAGCCCCAGGACCAGCUGGCCAGCCAGGACAGCCAGGAGCCCCAGGACAACCAGGACGUGACGCUCAAUCCGAGUCAAGCCCAGGAGCCCCAGGACCAGCGGGACCACAGGGACCACCAGGACCAGCCGGAGCUCCAGGACAGCCAGCCGGACCAGGAUACCCAGGACCACCAGGACCAAAGGGACCAUCGGGCGCUCCAGGACAGCCAGGAGCCGACGGAAACCCGGGAACUCCAGGCCAGCCAGGACAAUCGGGAGGAUCGGGAGAGCGCGGAAUCUGCCCGAAAUACUGCGCCAUCGACGGAGGAGUGUUCUUCGAGUACGGAACCUUCAGAAGACGUUAA